AUGGACCACGGGAAGUCGCCGGCGUCGACCAACAGCUUUCAAGGUCCCGUCUAUAACUUUAUAGCAUCUUCCCGAAGCGUCAAACGUCCUCGCCCGGUCAAAAGUUGCCUGGAAUGUCGGAAGAGAAAGCUCAAAUGCGAUCGAGCUUCGCCAUGCUCCCAGUGUCAAAAGACACAGCGGGAAUGCCGCUAUGCGGCCGAAGGCGAGGCGGUGAGUCUCAGCGAUGGAUCAGAUGCAGAGGGAUCCGAAAGGACUACUAAACGAAACCGCCCCGCGCCAACUCCAGGAUCUGGACCGCGCGAUAACGACUACGUUUCUAUGCUAGAGGAUCAUGCGGCUAGGCUUGAACGGCUGGAAAGACAAUUACUAUCAAGAGCUUCAUCUAUCGCGGACUCUGGCGGCGCUCCCACCCAACGUCCCGCAGCGUCCUCACUAACGCUUCGCGGCCUAUCAGUGAAGGGAGGACUACGGACGCGAUUUUUUGGGCAAAACAGCACGCGCGUUUUGGUCAAUCUUUUUGACGAAGCGAAAUCAUUUAUGAUCAACAGAAACAAAUACAGCGACAUCCGGGAAUUACUUCAGAACAUCCAAAGAAUUCACAAGGCUCUACAGGAUGAGCACCGCAAAGUUACUGCACCGAUCGCGGUAUUUGUGGACUCGAUGACGCCUAUUCAGAAGCGAAUGGCGGAUGUGUUGCCAAGUAGGCAGGUUUGCGACACGCUCCUCAAUAUCUUCCUAACUGGAACCGAGACGCUCUAUCGCAUCCUCCAUAUUCCUACGUUUAUGAGGCAGUAUACCGAAUUUUGGGCGGGUAAUCCUCAACCCGAUUCAUUUCUACCACAACUCUUACCAAUUUUGUGUGUUGGAUACCGACUUGUCGGAGCCGGCAAGGGACAUGGACACGACCGAGAGGGAAUCCAUAUUCCGACCGCCACUUGUCUCGUAAGGACUUGGCUCGAUGGCCUUCGGGGAAAGCAGCUGGUCGAAUUUAGUACACUUCAGGCCGAACUCCUACAUCUUAUGGCACAAAGGAUGAUCAAUCCGCAAAAUCAAGAAACAUGGACUCAACUCGGGUUGAUUGUACGAAUGGCCAUGACUAUGGGCUUACACCGGGAUCCUUCUGAGUAUGCGCAGAAAAUAUCGCCUUUCUGGGCCGAACAAAGAAGAAGAAUAUGGUAUACUAUACUCGAAUUCGACGUACACAUGUCUAUGCAGUGCAACCUUCCGUGUUGUAUUCGAGAAGAUGAUUUUACUUGCAGGCCACCUAGAAAUAUUAACGAUGACGAGAUUUAUCCCGAAAUGGUAGAGCUUCCCCCAUCAAAGCCCAUCGACCAACAUACUAGUACGCGUAUCCAGGUGUUUGUCGCUAGCACAUUGCCUAUGCGCUUCAAGGUUGUGGAUGUGAUCAAUCGUACAGACAGUCUUCAGGAUUACCAGCAAGUUUUGGAACUCGGUAACGAACUCGAACGGGUUUUCGAUGACUUGAGAUACAUCGCGACGCCAGUACAAUCAAACGAUCCGAAAGAAACACAACGACGAUGGAUAAGACGAACCGCUAUGGACAUGCACUGUCGCCGACCUCUUUUAGAAUUAUACCGACCAUUCGCCUUGAGCAGCGCAGACGUUCCGCAGCAAAUCGUCACAGGGUACUUGAGAUCGUCAAUGAUGCUACUUUCCUACUUGGACGAAGUAGACCCAUCUGCGUCCAAUUACCACGAACUCUGGCACAUACACCAACUAAUAUUCAAACAAGAGAUACUUCAGGCUGCUUUCAGCAUCUGUUAUUACAUAAAACAAGCUACCAAUAGCUCUGCUUCACCAGCACCGUCGAAUUUGGAGUCGACCGGCAGAUCAGAGUCUACAGAAGACUCGUACACACUAGCGUCGGAAAGCUCGUCUUUGCUAUCCCUGCCACGGCUGAAGAAUGCUGUUCAAAAAGUGAUAGAUAACCAGUGCAAAAGAAUACGGGAGAUCGGCACGGAUUUGAGAGAUGUGGUGGCGCUGACAGUCGUAUUUCAUACCUGCCAGGGUGGGACACCUGAGCAGCAGCGGGAAGCCAUAAGAAAUGGUCUGCAGGCUAUAUUAGAUGCAGGUUUGCAAGCAGUCCAUGCAAACCAAGUAAAUAUUCCCUCAAUACCGGUGAGGAAACCUAACCUCCUACCCCCUAGUAUUUUACUCACCAUUCGCCAAUAG